UUCCUCUCAAUAGAUUCUCGGCGUCCUCCUCGAGGCACGAGGCUGCAGGCCGUCCUCGAGCGCGCCCUUUUGUGGUUAUGUGGUGAAGCCCUCCGGCAUCGACGAGCCACCAGGUUUCCGCGACGCUGCAGUGACAUUCAUAGGAUCAAUAUGAGCAGAGGAAACGAGAACACUUUGCCGUUGGUGACACCGCCAACAAUCCGCGUCGGUCCCAUCGUCACACCCGGGACCAACGAGACCAUUUCCAUCGUGAUACCGUUAUCGGCCCAGUUGACUACAAUGGCCAGUCAAAAAGUCAAUAAGAAUCCCAAAGAUUGUAGCAAGGACUCGAAGCAAACAUCUACCAGCGCUAAUACCACUCGAAGUCCAAGGAAUGAUAGAACAAAGGGUUGCCCUUACCCGACAUGCUCGCGCUACGGGCGAGCGUUCUCGAGAGCACAUGAUCUGAAACGGCAUAUCAUCCGACAUGCGAUGCGCAAAGAAAAGCUGCAGAUCGACGAACAUAAGAUUGACAUGGAGAACAUCACGAAUGACGCAACCCUUCGGAGUGCUCUUCUACGAGGUAUAGACGAUAAGAGUGGCUAUCCCUGUCCACGUUGCAAGAAGAGGUACAAUGACGAAGAUAAACUCAGAGCACAUUUAGCCUCGCACUAUAAGCCAUCGCCGAGAAAUGGCCAUAUAAAGCUUGAGGAUCAUGCCAAGGCCCUGCUUCAGGGUCAAAUGUCUAUGGACAAGUCCACGAUGCCGAAGGACCACUCCACUGAGACAGACGAAUUUUUGUUGGAGGAGAUGUUAUUACUAAAGAAAGAGCCUCGAAGAUCAGACAAGGGCGAUUCGAAGAUCAGGUGCGAUUAUUGCUCGAAAACCUUCAAGACCAAGUGGACUCUCAGCUCGCAUGUCGCUGCUCACGAAGGUCGCUUUCAAUUCGAUUGCGGCCAAUGUGGUAAGAAGUUUGUUAGGAAGAGCCAUUUUGAGGGUCACGUGCGUUCUCAUGAGGCAGCAAGGCCCUACAUCUGCGAGCAGUGCGGCAAGACGUUCAAAGAACUCAAGCAUCGUCGUGAGCACACCAAAAGGAAGCACUCGGGCAAUCAGAAUGCGAUACAGAGCUUAUUGGAUAGCAUCGGACCCUGCGCGGCCGAAGAAAACAUCGAUCAAACUAAGUUUACCUUGUUAAUGCCGGUGAACUUCAGCGCAUAAAGCAUUAAAGAGAACAGGCCUUCGUCGCCUUAAGAGCUUCAGAUCCUUGAACUUCGAAUUCUCAAGAAAUCUUUGAUUCUCUGAGAACUUUACAUCCGUGAAACUCCAAGUUUUUAGAACAUUGCAUUCUCUUAUAAUGUUAGAUCUUUGAAAACUUCAAUUCUUGGAUCUUUGUUGGAUACUUGGUAAAUCGGAUUUUUAAAACAUGAAACUCUUGGGAUGUCGAGUUCUCAGCUUUGGCUGUUCAGAAUUUAAGAUCCUCAGGAUUGUGAUUAUUGAAACUUGGUGUAUUCGAAACGCGGGCCGCAUAAAAAGUGAGAUUCAGAAUCCUAAAUUUUUUAGACUUUAGUAGCCUAGAAUUUUGGAUCUUGAAACUCAAAUCUUUGAAUGCUUGCAAUUUCGGUAAUUUUCUGCGACCAGAAAGUGAUAUAUUACAGAUAACUAUGACGAAUUUCCAAAUUAAAUGAUAUAUUCGACAUACUUUAAUAAGGAUAAGUGGAACUGGUUAUUGUGUUGACUAUAUAUUUGACCUGCUAUUCUAUACUUCAUGAGAAAUGUCGAAAAAAUAAAUCUUGAAUAAGUAAUGCUAUUA